AAGCCCCUUGUGCUACUCCACUGAUCUGUAGCUUUGGAAGGCCGGUGGACCUUGAGAAGGAUGACUACCAGAAGGUUAUAUGCAACAACGAGCAUUGUCCGUACAGCACCUGGAUGCACCUUCAGUGCUUCUACGAGUGGGAAAGCAGCAUUCUCGUCCAGUUCAACUGCAUUGGCAGAGCCAGGAGCUGGAACGAAAAGCAGUGUCGCCAGAACAUGUGGACGAAGAAGGGAUAUGACCUGGCUUUUCGCUUUUGCUCCUGUCGGUGUGGGCAGGGUCACCUGAAGAAGGACACUGACUGGUACCAGGUGAAGCGAAUGCAGGAUGAUAAGAAGAAGAAAUCAGUGUUGGAGAAGAGCACGGGAAGAUCGAUGGCAGAGUCAGCAGAGGAGGCCAAAAAGGGCAGGCCGGCCAACAAGCCGCAGAAAGGCUUGAGUCAUGACCUCCAGCGAAGGCAUUCGAUGGACAGGCAGAACUCCCAGGAGAAGGGCGUCAUGGGUGGCAGCUACGCUGUUCGUUCGCCUUGCGUCUCUCCUGGCCAGUCCCCGCCCACCGGCUACUCUAUUCUUGCCCCCACGCAUUUCAGCGGCCCUCGUUCCUCACGAUACUUAGGAGAGUUUUUGAAGAAUGCCAUUCACCUGGAGCCCCAUAAGAAGAACAUGGCUGGUGGGGGCAUGUUCAGGAAUGCACAUUUUGAUUACGGGGCAGCUGGUUUGCAAGCACAUAGAUCAGGACACUUCGAUGCCCCUGUGCAGUUUUUGAGAAGGCUCGAUCUGUCUGAGCUGCUUACUCACAUCCCCAGGCAUAAAUUGAAUACUUUCCAUGUGCGGAUGGAAGACGAUGCCCAGGUGGGCCAAGGGGAGGACCUUCGGAAGUUUAUCCUUGCUGCUCUUAGUGCCAGCCACAGGAACGUUGUAAACUGUGCGCUAUGCCACAGGGCGCUGCCAGUGUUUGAACAGUUUCCGCUGGUGGAUGGGACCCUGUUCCUUAGCCCAUCGAGACAUGAUGAGAUUGAAUAUGAUGUUCCCUGUCACCUUCAAGGAAGGCUUAUGCACCUCUAUGCUGUUUGUGUAGACUGCUUAGAAGGGGUUCACAAAAUUAUCUGCAUUAAGUGCAAGUCCCGAUGGGAUGGAAGCUGGCAUCAGCUGGGAACUAUGUAUACCUACGAUAUUCUGGCAGCAUCUCCCUGUUGUCAGGCUCGGCUGAACUGUAAGCACUGCGGGAAGCCAGUAAUAGAUGUACGGAUUGGCAUGCAGUAUUUCUCUGAAUACAGCAACGUCCAGCAGUGUCCUCACUGUGGAAAUCUAGACUACCACUUCGUGAAGCCAUUUUCUUCAUUUAAAGUUUUGGAGGCUUAUUGA